AUGGCUCGCACAGCUUCGACCGCCAACCCGAAGAGGGACUUGUAUUUUCGUGUUCUUUCCUACAUUGCAGGUUUCCUUCUCUGGGGUUUUAGUGUCCUGAACGGAUCAGCGACGGACCUGGUUGUGGCGGCCUGGACGGGCAAGUUGAACGACGGCAGCCCGCUAAAGACAUCCUACACGGGGCUUCCAUUCGUGGACAUUCCCACUGCUGUUCUAGUGGCCUUUUUCUGCCCGGGAACCAACGGUCAUGAUGACGGUUUUCAGCUGUUCGUCGUGGAGGCCUUUUCCGCCUUCGCGGUGGGAUUCUCGUGGCUCUACGUGGAAGCAUCUAGGCCAGGACAGAAGCCGAAGUGGAUUACGAGAGUUGCCACCUGGGCGGUGUUGUGGCAACUGUUCGGAGCGGCCAUGAUCUUGCCACUCUAUUUUGGCACCCACCUCAAAUGGACCGACCGGGAGCCGCUGCAGAAAGUGACCGACGUCAACCGGGCGCGGGCCCUGACGCCGGGUUUCCUCCUGGGCGUGGUGGCGCCGACGGCCAUUGUUAUGCUGCCGACCUGGGUACCCCGGUCCGCGGAGGCGCACCAGACCAUCGUUGCGGUGUUCAUGCUCUCUCCGUUCUGGGUAUCUGGCAUCAUCCUCGCCACAACCAAAGUGUUCGCCUGGUUCUCGAGUCUCUCGUCAUCCAGCAGGCGGAACAAGGGCGCGGCGACGUGGGUGCUUCUCCCGACGAACCCAGAGGUGGUGAACCUCGCCCGCAUGUAUCUGCCGCUGCCGCCUAACGGCCCGAUUGGGAUAACCGACAACAUCACGGCCGGGUCUUGGCUCUUCCUGCAGUUCGAUCACAUCUUCAUCAGCCUCUCGAGCUUAUCGUGGGCUUUGCUGCUGCUCGAGAAGACCCCCCUGCGGGCCCAAUUUGGGAGGGGCGGGUUGUUCCUCACCCUGCUCGUGUCGGCUUUACUGAUUGGGCCAGGAGCCACGGUGUCCAUGGCCUUAUACUUCCGGGAAGAUCAUCUGGUGGAGAACGAGAAGGGAUACUAG